CAGAGGUUUCAAUAUGGCGGAAGGCUACGGCGGAAAAUGAGGAGGACGAGAGCAGUGCAGUGUAUUUGGUGAAAUUUGGUGGUUUUCCAGCUGUUUUAAAUGUAGACACAAACUUAUCGUUUGUUUGGCCUUUUUUUAAAUUCAAGAAAGUAUAAGGAGGCGUGCAAUAUUGGCAACGGAAGUUGAAAGUUAGCUCUAACUAGCCUUCUGUCCGUCUAACGAACUUGUGCGGCAGUUGGCGAAAAUAACAUAAUCCUCUCCGCGGUAGUGACUCUGACGGGAUACCGCACUUAAUCAUAUAAGUACUGUUGCUUUUGUCUGGAGAGUGAAGCAGUGCUGCAGAGUGUUAUUAUGGAUGUCAGAGUGGUCUAGGUGUAAAUUCUCCAUCGAGCCUAGCUCGGGUGCUAGCAGAGCGAAUCCCACAGCGCCGGAGUCACCGCUACACGUCUGCCAGCAGUCUGAAGUAGUUAGUUGCUCGCCGCAAUAUUUCCUUUAGUUACCUCUAUAACAAAAAAAAAGUGGUGUUUUAACCAAGCUAAUCCAGGCUAGCCAGCCAUCGUUUGCCCUAACGUCAACUUUGAACAAGGACGGUUCUCGCUUUAUAGUCGCCUGGACAUUACUGGACUGUUUUAUUUGGCGAAUGUGUUAUGGUGCACCCGGAAGGCUGAUCUAAACACAGUGGUCAUCACAUCCACUUGGAAUUUAUUUUUAUUAUUUUAUUUGUGUUUUUAUUUUUUGUUUCGGCUAAGACACUUGGAUAGCACGCCAUGGCUCGUCAGCCGGUCCAGAGAGGACUUCCGGGCAUACAGAAUAUUAAAACUGACCCCGAAGAGCUGUUCACUAAGCUGGAGAAGAUCGGAAAGGGCUCGUUUGGGGAGGUGUUUAAAGGGAUAGACAAUCGUACUCAGAAGGUCGUGGCCAUUAAGAUCAUUGAUCUGGAGGAAGCAGAGGAUGAGAUCGAAGAUAUUCAGCAGGAGAUCACAGUGCUGAGCCAAUGCGACAGCCCCUUCGUUACAAAGUAUUAUGGGUCAUAUUUAAAGGGCACAAAGUUAUGGAUCAUAAUGGAGUAUUUAGGAGGAGGCUCAGCAUUAGAUUUGCUGGAGCCAGGGUCACUGGACGAGUCCCAGAUUGCUACUAUACUGAGAGAGAUUCUCAAGGGGCUUGAAUACCUGCAUUCAGAAAAGAAAAUUCACAGAGACAUUAAAGCUGCUAAUGUGCUGCUGUCAGAGCAAGGUGACGUAAAGCUGGCUGACUUCGGCGUAGCAGGCCAGCUUACAGACACUCAGAUCAAGAGGAACACAUUUGUCGGCACUCCAUUCUGGAUGGCACCCGAGGUCAUAAAACAGUCAGCUUACGAUUCAAAGGCAGAUAUUUGGUCCUUGGGUAUAACAGCGAUAGAGUUGGCCAAGGGAGAGCCGCCCCACUCUGACCUUCACCCCAUGAAGGUUCUAUUUCUCAUCCCAAAGAACAACCCGCCAACUCUGGAGGGAAACUACAGCAAACCGCUGAAAGAGUUUGUAGAAGCAUGUCUCAACAAGGAGCCAAACUUUAGACCUUCAGCUAAAGAGCUGCUAAAACAUAAGCUUAUUGUACGUCAUGCUAAAAAGACCUCGUACCUCACAGAACUCAUUGAUCGGUACAAGAGGUGGAAGGCUGAGCAAAGUCGAGACGAUUCCAGCUCCGAUGAGUCUGACCCGGAACAGGAUGGACAGGCCUCAGGUGGUAACGACUCGGGAAACGAUGACUGGAUCUUUACUAUAAGAGAGAAAGACCCCCAAAAAAUCCAAAAUGGGAUCAUGCAAUCAGCCGGGCUGGACCACAGCAAGGUACAGAGCAGUACACAAAUGCCUUUGUCCCAGAGCUUGUCAACUAUUAUAUCUCCACUGUUUGCAGAACUGAAGCAGAAGGGUGAGGCUAGUAAUGGAAAACCUGAGGCAGUGGAGGAGCUGAGGGAGGCCAUAUUCCUGGCAGAGGAGGUGUGCCCAGGCAUCUCAGACUCCAUGGUCACAGAGCUAGUACAGAGACUGCAGAGGUUUGCAGUUCCCCGGGCUUCAUCUCACUGACUGCUUGCUGUGGAUUCUCCUCUCUCUGCCUCUUAGUGUAGCCCCUCUCACACACUUACUCACUCAACCUGUACCUGGCACACUUUUUUUUUUUUUUUUUUUCUUUUUUUACAUAUCAGGUGAAUGGGGAGUGUUCUGGAGGCCUGGCUGGGCUGAGACUCAGACGAAGACACAGACACCCCUUCUGAGAGCAGUGCACCUUAUUCAGCACACACAGGGGCAGAGCAGCAGGUGGUUGCACCAGCCAUGUGCAGGUUCUUUCCAAACUGCAUGUGUAAAGCAAUUUGCGUCUUAAUGACCCAACUUAGUUUUUAACGGUCUAGCGAGUGCCGAUUCAGUUACAACAUGAAGACUAAAUCAGCCGUCAUGUUGUCAUUUACACUGAUUAAUUAAUCAAUUUCACCCUGUAGCUAAAAGAGAUGACUAGUUAACAUUUCAGUAGAGAGUGUAAAUCAAACCUUAGUUAAAACCCAAGGAGUGGUUAUUAUAUGUUAUGUGUACAUGAGUAUUUUAUUUUUUUUAUUUUAUUCCGUUUAUUCAUAUCAGCUGGUCAGUUUUAGGCAGUAUUGUUUUACACUUGUCCCUUCACUAGUGUAAUCUUACACUAUGGUGCGUUUAAUGCAAGCUCCUUAAAGUAGGCAAGUCAGUUUAGUUAGAACUUGGAUAGUUGGUGCAAACCAGUCAUUGAAUGUGCAGUAUGUGAGAUUUUUAAUGUGUGUGGAUGUAUGUGUGUGAGUGAAUCAGUGCUGUAGGGUCCCGGCCAUGGAGUUGAAAUGAUCCUUAUUUUCCCUAUUUUAUUAUUUUUUUGGUUACUCGGGUAUCCUGCUCUCAGUAACUGGAAUCUUCUGAGAUGCAGACUGAGCGUGCUUGUGUGUUUGUAUGUGUGUUUGUGUGUGUACAUAGGCUUACAAACAUGUCAUUGAGGUACGCUGAUGAAAACACUGUGUUGAAAAUGGCCAACUGCUCCUGUAGAUACUGUUUGCGAAGGUAUACAUGUAAACUGGCCAUCACUGAGAUUGCCUUGUUAUAAUUGAUUAAAUUUUUUUUCAUGCAUUGAAUUGAACGCUGCCAUCUGACCCAUUAUCACACAUUUUUGUUUUUUCUUACCUUCCCAGUGCCAUUCACACUCUCCAGUUUAACAACAGUUCCUUAAUCCAACCCUCAGAAAAUAUAUUUAUAAAAAUUCAGAAGAUCCUUUUUUUCUUUUUUUUUUGUGACCCUUUCCUUUUAUGGAAAAUAAUGCUGUAUGCUAUAUAUAUUUUUUGAAGCUCCAGACUAUUUUACCAAACUCUAGUUCUCUUUGAUUUGCUGUAAACUUGUCAUACGCCGCUAAAUCCUCAUGUCUUCCUGGAAAUCGAAACGGUACAGGGUGUACCAACUGCUUGAAUUGCACUUAGGUAACUGCCGCCUUAUGAUACAUGAAUUAGCCAUAAGCAUGAGAAUUGUACAGUGCAUUUCACCUCCAGACCGCUGAUGUGAGCCCCAUCUAUGACAUCCAUGAAGACUAGCGUGUUAAUGCACAGCUCACUUUAGUGCAUUUUAGAUCUGUUCAUUGCUCAUGUAUAUGUAGUGAAAAACUAGCAUCGACACCUGUGUUGUGGUAGAACUGCACUUGAGCUAACUCUCAAUCUUCUUUUAACCUGUAACUCAACAAUGAUGCAUUUAUUCACCAGUUUUUAAAAUGCUAAUCCAGUGAUUAAAGCCGUAGCUUAAAAACAGCAUGGGGAUCUGAGCAUAAGGCAGUUCUAGAUAAAGCUUUUUUUUAAUUGUUUGGGGACAUGGAUGCUGUCACAAGCAUGAUGAAUAGCAUGUGUGCAGCAAGUGUUUGAAAAUCUUGAAAUCCAGCUGUUUCGACUCAUUUUAAUAGGCUUGAUGCUAAUAUUACUAAAAUUUAAAUUUUAGUGCUUUUUAAAUUGCACACUUUGUGUUCUAAUUACAGUUUGGGAAAUGUAAAGCUUUUUAUUCAAGACUGGGAAAUUUUUACAAUUGAAUUACAUUAUAUCGUUUAUUAUACUCUCGUCUAAUGUCUGGGUAAAUUAGACACUGGUAUUAAGGAAGAGAAAAACAAGAUAAUGACACUGACCAUGAAACCACUAAAAGCAAGUUCAGAGAGUAAAAAAAAAUAAAGGGAUGUUUGUUUCAUGAAGUCAGGUGAGGAGUAAUGUUCGCUUAGUUAUUGUCUUAGUCAUAAUGACAUUAAUACGGCAUAAACGACUACAGAUGUACAGUUGCCCAAAACUCAUGACUAGUUUGGAUUAAUUCAUUUUUAAGUGAAGAGAAUUCUUUGUUACUAGCUUUUAAUCAGACUGAUUAAUGACCAGGCCUAAAGACACAAUUACUAAUUGAUUAAAAUAAACUACCUUUUCUGCAAGUGAAGCAGUACAAAUUAUUGCUGGUUUAAUCUUUAAUUAAGUCAUUCUGUCUCCAAAACCCACAGGUGAAAAGAGUUAAGAGGCAGAAAUCUGCACUCGCAUUCAAACGCUGUCAGCCUGUCUGUUUACCACAAAGUGCUUCCCCAUUCUUGCCCUUAGUGUUUUUUUUCCUCCCUUUUAUUGAUAUUUGCACCUUUUUUUUUAGGUUGAGUCUGAAUGUGUCCCUGUGUGUAAGCUAUAAUUUGAAUGAGAUCACGGUUUGUCUUAUGUUUGCGACUGAACUUUCUUGAGUAUGGCAAUAAUUUAGGCUGUCAGGUUUCUCAGCACAGAUAUAUUCUAUGGAACAGAAUUCAAUAUUUUUAUAAGUGUAAAGUGCAGUAUUAUCUCUCGAAUGAAUUACACCAUAUGCUAUCUAACUGAUUUUCAAACAAUGUAAUUUUCUGUAACAUUGCUGAGUGUAUAGUAUUGUACAUAAUUCUUGCUUUUGUCAUCAAAUACCAAGGUACUGAAUUCCUUGCAAGCUUUCAAGUGAUUUUAAGAAAAAAUAAAUUGAUAGUUUGAUUUGCCUGCUGUUUUAUGUGUUUAAGUGGAGGAUUUGUUUUUUUUCU